AUGUUGGGCGCAAUCUCCAUAGCUCCACCUUCAACGGUUACAUUCCCCGCAAAGCUGCUGUCGCCAAUCCCCAAGUCCUCCUUCAAUGGCCUGCGAUUCCAACGCGCUUGCCCGAACACUGUCGUUCGUCUCCCAACGGCGCCGUUUCGGAGGCCUUGCUCGUCGUCUUCGGUGGUGAUGAUGGCCAAGAGAGAAGAAGAGAUGAAGGAAAUCAGAACCAAAACCACCGAAGAAAUCAACGAGGAGGUGGUUGAGCUCAAAGGUGAGCUCUUCAUGCUUCGCCUCCAGAAAUCGGCUCGCAACGAGUUCACAUCCAGCGAGUUCCGUCGAAUGCGCAAAAGGAUUGCUCGCUUGCUUACUGUUAAACGAGAAAGAGAGAUUGAUGAUGGAAUCG